AUGAACCAAAAAGAGAAAGACCAGCAAAUUCAUUCCCUCCAAACUAAAAUCCGUGAACUGGAACAAAAAUUAGAGGACUAUUCCCAAGGCGGAAUAAAAAUCCUCUUUUCCGGCAAAGCUAACGCCCAAAGAGUAGCCCGUAAAGUUAAACCUCGCACUUUACGCGAAAUCCCAGAAUUAAGCCUCGGUAGCGAGGAACAAAAAUCCAAAAACCUAGUAAUUGAGGGGGAUAAUUUACUCGCCAUGGCAACUCUCUACCAGUAUCACG